AUGAAAAAGCUAGGGCUUGUUUUAGAUGCGGCGGCUGUGGAGAAAUCUCAGCGGGACCUCCAGUCCUACCAGAUAAAAAACAAUAAUUCGCUUCAGCUUCGAGCAUUUUUGCUGAAUGAGUCCGGGAUGUUUACUAAAGAUGGGAGAAAGUUGCCUGGAAGUGUAACAAAGGAAGUUAUUGAUGAUACCUCCAAGAGGAUAAUUGGCCGAGGUGCAAGUGGAGCGGUUUACUUUGCAAAACUAAAGGACGGAGGCCCUGUGGCCCUGAAACACAUACCUAUUACUUCUAAGCCACAUCGAGAUGAAGUGGACCGAGAGCUGUCAUUCUUUAGUUCUCAAUCAAAUUCUCCUUUUGUAAUGAAGAACUUAGGAGCCUUUUGGGAUUCCGAGGAAGCUGCCAUUGUCAUACCCAUGGAGUGGAUGGCGUACACCCUAAAAGAUUUGAGUUGUUUCUGGGAGGGCAUAGAAGAAACUAUGUUGCGUGACAUUUUUUUUCAAGUUGUGUCAGGCCUGGUUUACCUCCAUGAUACAAAGCGUGUGAUUCAUAGGGAUUUGAAACCGAGCAAUCUGCUUAUUCGGGAUGAUGGAUAUGUCAAAAUUGGAGACUUUGGGGUGUCAAAGCUUGUCCACACUCUUGAUGUUUCCUCAACCUAUGUCGGGACAAUGUAUUUUAUGGCCCCUGAACGACUCGAACAAGGCGCUUACGGAUUUAACAGUGAUGUGUGGUCCCUUGGGUUAACAGUGUUGUCUACAAUAACGGGGAAGAAUCCGUGGGCUCCUCCAGAAGAAAUGAACAUAUUUCAGUUGUUAGGUAGAAUUGCGGGAGAUACGACACCAACAUUGCCAGAGAAGCCCGCUUACUCGGAGGAAGCUCGGGACUUUGUGAAGAAAUGCUUGGUUCGAGAUCCUCAGGAGCGACCGUCCACCGCAGAACUUUUGAAGCAUCCAUUUUUUAAAGGUUGCACAGAGGCAUCCGCUGUAGCUAACGUGAAACAGGGAGUCGAUUACAUGACGCGCCUAAUCAACAGUGACGCGAAGAAAAAUGGGCUUUUGAAACGAUCUCCAGAAGACGUUACAAAGGAGGUAAAUGCCAAACUAGAUAGGUUGGGUGAUUUGUAG